GUCACCUUGAAAAAUUAUACGAAAAAGGUUGAUAAUUUUUGGAUAGUUGUAAUUUCGACUAUCUCUGUGCUGUUUUAUAUAAAUAUUAUGAGUUUGGAUUUUUUUUCAUAAAGAAUAACUUUUUUUGAAUAGAUAUCACAUUGCAAUUAUGACUGAUAAAUCUGGGCAUAGAUUUGUCGAGCAGGGGGCCCAUAGGGGUAAAGGGGUGGCAGUGUUUACCAGUGGGGGUGACUCACAGGGAAUGAAUGCUGCAGUCAGAGCAUGUGUGCGAAUGGGUAUUUAUUUGGGAUGUAAAGUGUUUUUCAUUAAAGAAGGAUAUCAAGGUAUGGUUGAUGGAGGUAACAACAUAGUAGAGGCCAACUGGGCUUCGGUGAGUGGUAUUAUCCAUAGAGGUGGUACUGUAAUUGGAUCAGCUAGAUGUCAAGAUUUCAGAGAGAGGCCUGGACGUCUAAAAGCUGCCAAGAAUUUAGUGGAACGUGGAAUUACCAACUUGGUUGUAAUAGGUGGUGAUGGUAGUCUUACUGGUGCUAACUUAUUCAGGCAGGAAUGGACCUCAUUAUUGGAUGAACUUCUUCAAAAUAGUCAGAUAACGCAAGAACAGAGGCAAAAGUAUCCUAUUCUUCACAUUGCCGGGAUCGUUGGCUCCAUUGAUAAUGAUUUUUGUGGAACUGAUAUGACUGUGGGAACUGAUAGUGCACUACAUAGAAUUAUCGAGGCCGUCGACGCAAUUGUAAGCACAGCUUAUUCUCAUCAAAGAACAUUUAUUAUGGAAGUUAUGGGAAGACAUUGUGGGUAUUUAUCAUUGAUAACUGCUGUUACUUCUGAAGCUGAUUAUGUCUUUAUUCCCGAAUCUCCUCCGUUUGAGGAUUGGCCGAAACGUCUUUGUGAUAAAUUAGAACAGGAGCGUCAAGCAGGCCAACGUUUAAAUAUCAUUAUAGUUGCGGAAGGGGCUGUUGACCGUACAGGGAAACCCAUAACAGCAGAACAAGUAAAGAAAGUUGUCGUUGAUAACUUACAUCAAGAUACUAGGAUCACUGUAUUGGGUCAUGUUCAAAGAGGUGGAAACUCCUCAGCUUUUGAUAGAGUCUUGGGUUGCCGUAUGGGUGCUGAGGCUGUUUUAGCCCUCAUGGAGGCUACAGACGAUACAGAGGCUUGUGUGGUAUCUUUGGAAGGAAACCAAGCUGUAAGACUUCCUCUUAUGGAUUGUGUGUUACGUACUAAAGCGGUUGCCCAAGCUAUGGCAGAUAAAAAUUGGGAAUUGGCUGUUGAAUUACGUGGUAAAUCGUUUAAACGUAAUUUGGAAACGUAUAAACUGCUUACGAGAUUGAGGCCACCUAUAAAUUUGACUGAAGAUAAAAACAAAAAGCAAGAUACAUUGUGGCAGUCAUCGGACGGGUACAUAGUUGCAGUAAUGCACAUUGGAGCGCCAGCUUGCGGCAUGAAUGCUGCAGUUCGCUCUUUUGUGAGAAACUGUAUUUAUAGGGGAGAUAAAGUAUUAGGUAUCCAUGACGGUGUUGAAGGGCUGAUUGCUGGAAAUAUUAAAGAGAUGGGCUGGUCAGAUGUUACUGGAUGGGUAGGAACAGGAGGCGCCAAUUUGGGUACCAAGAGAGCUCUCCCUGGUCCCAGAUUGGAACAGAUGGCCGCCAAAAUCAAGGAGUUUAACAUACAAGCCCUUCUUAUUAUUGGAGGUUUCGAGGCUUAUCAAACUGCCCUUAUCAUGACAGAAGCUCGUCAGCAGUAUCCAGAAUUGAACAUAGCUCUGGUCGUAAUUCCUGCCACUAUUAGUAACAACGUUCCUGGUACAGAGUUUUCACUUGGUUGUGACACUGCCUUAAACGAAAUCACGCAAAUUUGUGAUCGUAUUCGGCAAUCGGCACAAGGGACCAAAAGAAGAGUUUUUAUCAUUGAAACGAUGGGUGGAAAUUGUGGUUAUUUAGCUACUUUGGCAGACCACCAAUGCAGAAGAAAUCCAGGAAACUUAUAUUAUCUAAAGAUAUUAGUAAAAUACAAAUUUUUAAAGAGUAUAUUUUUAGGUCAUAUGCAGCAAGGUGCUUCUCCUACUCCCUUUGAUCGUAACUUAGGAACAAAACUGGGUUCAAAAGCGGUCGAUUGGAUAGGCGAGACGUUAAAUAGAAAUACAAAAGAAGGGGUUACCAGAUGUACAACCCCCGACACUGCAGUCUUGCUUGGAAUAGUUCGUAGGCAGUACAAGACGAGCAACUUACUAGAUCUGAAAAACGAAACUAACUUCGAGUAUCGUAUUCCCAAACAAGAGUGGUGGUUGAAAUUAAGACCUCUUCUACGUAUUUUGGCAAAGCACGAUUCUGCUUAUGAAGAAGAAGGAAUUUACAUGACUGUAGAAGAACGUGUACUGGAUGAUAUAUAAGUACUCCAGCAUAUUAAUUUUUUGAAAACUGUAGUAAACUUAGCACACAAAUCAUAUAACGAAUAUUCUUAAGCAUAAACAAGCAGUGACUUUGUUUUCUUGAAAAUUCAGCAUUCAUUUGUCUAUUUCUAAAAUACAUUUUCGGUAUAAGGAUAAUGAAAAAAACAUUUUUUUUGAUUAAGUAAGUUUAUUUAUUUUUGUAAUAGAUGUACACAAAUAUAUUUAUAUUUUUAUUGUAAAAACGUAUUAAGUAUUUUGUGAGUAUUUAUAACUAAUUAAAACAGUGGCAAUAAUUA